CUGGUGGCAGGUGCGCGAGAGGAAGCGAAAGCUGGAGGUCAAUUCUUGAGCGCGGGUGAGAGAGAGAGAGAAACGGGAGCCCAGCACCACGCACCACGCACCCAGCACCACCGCGCACCCAACCCAGGCAGCAUGAGAACCGUUUAUUGUCACGCCGCCUGCUCUGGCGCUCUCUCGAAAAUGAGACGCCAAACUUACCAGAUGGAUUCCCCCAUAAAAUAAAAAUUCUCUCUGUCCCCCUUCUCAUCAACCCUUCCACCCUCCCGUUCCAUCCAUCGCCAAACCCCCAUCGCCCAUCACCGCCUUGCCUCGCAUCAUCGCCCUCGACUGUGCGAGUCGCCGACGCGAAAUAAUCUGCCACCCACGAGAGAGACAGAUCGCACCGCACCGCACCCAGGAGAACCUGAACCCGCACCGCUCCAGCUCACCACCAAAACCAACCCAACACGCACCACCGUCCACAACCUUGCCCAGUCCUUUACCCACCAGAUCACAACUCGUGGCCCAUUGGAUCCCCGGCCCGUCCGCCACCCCAUUCAUCAAAGCAGCUAUCUCCGACAAAGCCAUUACUACCUACUAAGCUUCCUGACGCCGCGCCGCCAAUCUUCCAACUCUUCACCCAUCCUUUCCGCCCUGAACCAAACCUCGCCCUCACCACCCAAUCCAUCAUCACACAACCCGCCCAAAUCCAUCUCGAAAUGGCACCUACUGCAUCCGUCAGUCGACGCAAGUCCAAUGGAGGCAAGGGCGGCCUCGUUAUCACCCUGACUGUCGACGUCGAAAAAUUGAAGCGGACCCUUGAUCCCGAUUAUGUAAAGGAAGAUUCGCCCGUCAAGAUGGAUGUUGAGGAGACGAAUGGAAACAAGGAGACACAAGAAGCGCAAGAUUCUCCCGCCACAUCGGCCACCUUGGCAGCUCCUGCCAUCGCAAAUGGCGAGACGGCGUCCGACUCAAAUCCCGGCACGCCCGCUGGCGAUGGCACUCCAGCACCUACAUCCAUGGGCCCUCCUACCGAGGGGGUCAAGAAGAAGGGUACCAAGCGUGGUGCUGGUGCUGCCAAUGGUCUCGGCCCUGAUGGACAGCCCAAGGUCCGCGGCAAGCCUGGCCCCAAGAAGAAGGCGAGACUUGAGGAUGGAACAAUCGACCCGAAUGCCCGUGGUGGCGCUGCUGGACAUAAGCUGGGUCCCAAGGCCAACCAAGGUGCCAUCAACGCCGGCCUUCGAGCUCUCGACCGAAGCGGCAAACCCUGCCGCAAAUGGGCGAGGGGCGGUUUCGUCCUCAAGAGCUUCACAGGUAUCGUCUGGGAGGUUCCUCGAUGGACCGCGCCGCCCAAGUUCGUGCCCGAGCCCACCACCGAGGACUCUGCCGCCGCCUCAGCCGACAGCAGCACCAAGGAGAACAAGGAGAAUGAUCAAAUUAAGAGCGACGCCAAUAGUGCCGUCAACAGCGGCGCCGACGUCGAGAUGCGGAGCGCGCCCGGCAGCGUUCCUGCUAGCUCUCCGGCCCCAAUGGCCAUCUCUGCCGCGUAGUAGCUGCGUCCUCGCUUGCGACAUUUCUUUUUUUUGUUUGGGCUCGUUGGGACAUCGAGGAGGGUCCUCGACACAGAUUCCAAACAGCUUGGGAGUUUUAAAGGAUCAAGAGGGAAAAUGAUUGCAACAUCUGAUCAAGGCUUGAAUGGUCGAUGCAGUUUUUGGAUGGGAGUCAUCACGGAGCAUUAGCUCGCCGGCGUUACGGAAACACAAUAUCAUGGUUCAGCGCGGUAGCUGCCAUGGGGAUUACGGCGUUUGCCUGGGCAGGCACAGAGUGUAUACUAUCAAGUUGGCGCAUGCAUG